AUGGCCACGGCGGAUAAUGCACCCCUUCCAUCACUUCCAGGGCCACUUGUCCUGUCAUCUUGGCUAUCUACCAACGCUGCCAACUUGAAACCGCCAGUCAACAACCAAUGCUUAUAUUCAGGCAAAGACUUUAUCUUGAUGGCUGUUGGAGGACCCAACACCAGAAGUGACUAUCACAUCAACGAAACAGAGGAAUGGUUCUACCAAAUCAAAGGCGACAUGCUAUUAAAAAUCGUUGAGAAUGGAAACCAAUUUCGAGAUAUUCAUAUCCGCGAAGGCGAAAUGUUCCUUCUUCCAGGAAAUACGCCUCAUUCGCCCAUUCGAUACAAAGACACUAUUGGACUUGUCAUGGAAAGAAAUAGACCAAAGGAGAGCAUCGAUCAGAUGCGAUGGUAUUGCCCCAACAAGGCAGCGCAUGGAGAAGAGCCCGUCAUUAUUCGGCACGAAAAGUUUUACUGUGCGGAUAUUGAGUCGCAGCUUAAGGUUGUGAUUGAUGACUGGAUGAGCAACGAGGAGAGUCGUAGGUGCAGAGAGUGUGGUGAAGUUGCACCACCUUAUUGA